AGACGGCCCUUAAAAACAUUUCGCUCGAUGACGUCACGCACACCGCUGUGCACAAUCGCUCGAUGACGUCACGCAGCCACUCGCUGUUCCUGCCGCCCUUCGAACGAGGAGACAAAGCGACCUCGAUGGCGCUCGCCGCCUUGCGACGUUAGAGCGGCGACUGCCGUCUUCCCGCCUCCGCCACGAAGACAGAAGCGAGUCGCCCCGGGCCCUUGAAUGAGGAUCGAGCGCGCGCCCCCCGCUAGUCCGCCAUGGCCGCCGCCUCCUCCUCCUCCGCGCCGCCACCGCCGCCGCUGCUGCUGUUGAAGAGCGCCCUGAGGGGAGAUGCCGCGGCGCGCGCGAUGCUCGCGCUGUGGCUCGCGACGCCGCCACCAUCGCCACCACUCCCCCACCGCGGACAUCCCGACGACGACGACGCCUCAGGGCAGGAAUGCGGUCACGGUUCCUCGUUCGCGCUGCCUGCGUUGGAGGCCCUCGGAGAAGCCGCCUGGCGAGAAUUCAUCCCCUUCCUGCUGAACUUCCUGCGGGAGCAAGCGAGCGGCGCCGUCGGCUGGAGCCAACCUUCGCCUCGCAAGACGCCGAGCGCGCCGGCGCACUGGCCCGGCCAGCGCACCCCGUCGGACAGCGGCUCUCUCGGGCCGCGGGGCUCGCGGGAGGCGGCGCAGAGUCGCGCGCCGUGCCGAGCCGCGCCGGCGUCGACCGUGGGAUCCCACGCCCCGCCGUCAAGCCUGGAGCACCCGCAGCGGGGAGCCCGCCAGUCGCUCAACGGCGCGUUCGAACUGCUCGCGGAAAACUCCCCCUUCGGCGGCGGCCGCCCGGCGACGCCCGCCCGCGGCUUCGAGGAUGACGUCGCGCGCUGGCCGGGAAGCCCACCGCUGGAAAGGGGGGGCCGCAGCGGAGACGUCGCGGCGUCGGGGACCAGGGCAGACGGCCCGCCGCUCAGCGCCGGUCCCGCCGACUCGGCGGGCGAGCGUGCGCCGCGCUCCGCGCAAAAGGCCUCCCUCUCCGACUUUAUAGUCCACGGGUCAGACAGACACGCCGCACGCAGGGUCAAGCAGAGCAGCCCCGCCUGCGGGAAAGCCAGAGAGAAUGGGUCGGCGGCAGGGGCGCUGGGAAGAUGCUUUCAGUCGUCCCCGUGCCAAAGAGCGGACGCCUCUCUGUCGGGAGACGGAGAGAGAGGUCCGAGAAUGAGUAGGCACUCGGACCAGGCGCAGCAGCAGCAGCAUCCUCCGCAUGGCCGGAAAAAUAGUAAACAUAGACAGGGUGGCACGAGCUUGGAGCCCUCAUCACGGAGGGCGGUGGGUGGCGGGCAGUCCUCCGGUGGUGGAGAGGUGGAUUGUGCAUCUGCUGUGAGGAGCCCAGACGCUAGCGGUUGCGUCGCCGAUGGAGACGUGAUGGUGCCUCCCAACCUGUGCAGCCUGGAGGAGUUCCCGUCCAUGGGCGGCGCCGCAAGCUCUGGCAACUCGCGGCCCUCGCGCCGUAUAAAGCCGACGCCAGUGAGCGUGGCGCACCACCGCUUGCAGCCCAACGAGUGCUUCACCUCCACGCCGCUCAGCCAGCCGCCGCCGCCCAGAUGGGGUGCGGUACCGGCCACGCCGCGCGACCGCCACACGAUGCCGUGGUGCAGCCCGACCUCGCAGAGCCAGCUGGCGGGCCGGCACGCCCAGCCUGGCAGUAGCGCCCAAAGCCACCACCCGCACAGCGCGAUGCCGAGACAGAAUCGGGCCAAGCAAGUGAGCCCAGACUCCACCACGAGCGAAUCGGCGAACGACUCGUCCGCUUGCUGCACGACCCCGGUGUUUCACGCGGCCCAGCGGGGCGGCCUGCAGGAGGCCACACCAGACGCGACGUCUCCCGCGACCCCCCCUGUGACGUCGCCAGCGAUCGCCACACAGCUGCUGCUCGAUUCGCCAGCGGGCCCGGCCAGCCAAACCGUGGCAGACGAGUCGCCGGGGACCCCACGGCCCGACCGGGUGUCGCACCGGCAUCAGUUGGACGUCUUUUCCGAGCUCUACUCCGUGUGCCUGCGUCGUAACCUGGUGCCGAACGUGCUGCUGGAGGUUUACUUCACCUUGCAGCUGCUCACGGUGCCGUGCGGAACGGCAGGCGUCGCCAAAGAGGAGGCCCCUGUCGUCGUCGUCGACAACGACCGUCCAGAGCCAAGUGGCGGCAGUGAUGAACCUCUCAAAGCAGCCUACUUCCACAGCGUUCAUAAUUGCGUCUACUUCGCUGUCAAGGUCCUGGAAAAGCUCAUGGGGCUGCUGGGGUGCCUGGACCGGAGCACGCUGCGCUCCCUUCUGGAGCACGAGCGCGUGGCCACCUUCUCCCCCUCCUUGCUGGAGCAACUGCGAGCGGCCUACGGCGUCAGCACAGCCCGGGUCAUCACCACUCCCACCUCCACCAUUCUCUCGGUUCCCUUCCAACCCAAGACGGACAACCGAGCAAACUUCCCCAGCAAUCGCUCCUUCCAAAACUUUAAAAAGCAGAGGGACGUCUUCUACGCGCUGAUCCGCGAGUGGGAGGACGGGCGCGACUCGCCGGGCUGGGAGUUCGAAAGAGUCCUGGGUAACAAAAUCAGGGCAAUGAUGGUGCAGCUGUCAUCGGAGCACAACCACAGUCAUUUCGCUCGGCUCUUUCAAGCUCAGCUCAUUCGAAUGUGCAAGGACCCCUACGAGAGGGUGCCCAGCAGGAACGUGGCCUCCCCGCUGCUGAGCGCACUCGGAGGCAACGACCCCAGCAAGCUGCAGCGCCUGCAGCAGCGCUUCACCGCCCCGCAGGCCCAGGGCGGGCCCUGCCCGCCGCCCGCCUUCCCGGCGUACCAAGCGUUUUUCCGAGACUUCAUCCUGGUGGCCGACAGUUUUGCGCUGUGCCAGCACCUGAUGGAUGGCUUGAGGCAUCAGAUCAUGGAGCUGAAUGGAGAGUGCAUCCUCGCUCCUGAUGGGGACUGGGACACCUGUGAACAGGAGUGGAGGGAGCACUUCAAGUCGGUGCUGCUCACGGCACGACUGCUCGCCAAGUUCCUGGGCCUCAUCGCGUUCCUGCCAUACCGGACGCACGAAACGACGCCCACGCACCCCCAGGAGCCCGCGCUGGAUCUGCGCCUGCAGAGCGCCCAGGUGCUGGACGUCGACUCGGCGUUGGGAGAAGCGCGCGGGGCCCGGCGGCUCGUGCUGACGCUGCCGUGGAUCAUCGAGUUCCUCGGCAUGACGGACCGCGGGGCGGCGCGAAUGAAGUGCUACGCGCGAGUCUUUCGCUCCAUGCUGCACAUUUACAGGUCUCUUGUGCUGGAGCCCAGCGAGGCCUGUGGCCUUAACCGCAUGUUGCUGCUACUGCUGCUGGGAUGGUUGUUCCAGGUCCCAUCGUUUCCUGAAGAAGUCUUCUUUGCCGAGUUGCCGCAGAGGGUGUUGGAAGACCCAAGCGGAGGAGGCCUGGACACGCUGCCACUCGUUGACCAGCAGCUGCUCUUCACGUGCUGCCCCUACAUUGGGGAACUGCGCAGGCUUCUGGCAACGUCACUCGGGGGUGGCACCGGGAGGAAUGGCGGGUUCAUCCGCAAGAUUAACCCCACCGCCAUGGAGCCGUCGGUCGGGCUUUCCCAGCGACAGACGCAGACGGAGCUGGAGCAGGCGUUUUUCCAUAAUCUCCCGGCUUCCCUGAAGCGCACGGUGGAGUUUGUGGCCGAGCGGACCUGCUCCAACUGCGUCAAGCACAUCCGAGCGACGCUGCUCGCGGGCCUGGUGGAGGAGGGGGAGGCUCGCGUGUCGGCGCUGGCGGGCGGCGUCCCCGCCGACCUGACGCUGCAGGACGUGUGCACGCAGCUCUCCGGACAGGGCACCGCCGCGGCGCUCGACGCUGCGCAGCGAUUCUGCGCGACCAAGGCACCCCAGGUGAUGCGGCUACUGCUGCCCGAAGAGCUGUCCCCCCAGGUGGUGAGCACUGCUGCCGACAUCGUUGUCCGACUGGCGCAGGAGAAAGCCGCCCAGUGGCUCAACAGCAACGUCGACAAGCUCCUGAGCAAAGCAUUGAGGAGCCGAGUGGACGGACCGCUCAAGUCCGCUUCGUGCAGCUUGACCAGCGAGCCGAGCCGCGAUGGCUCCAGCGUCCGCGCGUGCCCGGCAGCCUGCAGCCACGCCAACCCCAUGCCGUCGCUCGUCCUCACGCAGCUCAAGGAGUUUCUGUGUGUGACGGUGGCCCCGAGCUGCGAGGACACCGCCGUCACCGAGGGAGCAGUCUUGGAGCUCGUGAGAAGCCUCCACGGAUCUCUGCAGUGUAAAAAGUAUUUGUCACCACCGGUAGAGAAGGCGUUUGCUCAGUACGCGGUGGAACUUGCCGCUGCUAUUGCCUUCGACAGAGUGCUGAGCGAGAGCCCCGCCGUGGACGUGGACUGCUGGGAGGAGAGCACGCGCAGGCUGCUGGGAGCUCUGCAGGGCGUCUGGACCGAGUUCUCAAUGCAACCCCCGUUCCACCUCCUCCUGGCCAACAAAAAUGUCUCUUACCUGCACUCGGCCACAGACAAGAAGCGCUGCUGCUGGGCACUGCUGCACUUGUCGCGGCAGCUGGUGGCGGGGAGGCUGCACGUUGGGAGCGCGCUGGUGGCGAGGUGGGACGCUUUGCUGGAAGACCUUCCUCCGGAGGGGGAAAUAAGGGAAUGUCUUUUGGAAACGGCCAACAAGUUUAAGGAGCUGUGCGAGGAGGAAUCUGUUGCCAAAAGCCCCAGAGCCGUGGAUGCUGCGUGCAAUCCGGUGGAGCCCACACAGCAACAAGAAGAGGCCGCUUUGAGAUGACGACUCUUCAGCAGUUUCAUAUGAACUUAUCUAGUUUGUACACUGCACUUUAGGACCCUGGAAUGUCGCCAAUGACAAUUUUCGGGACAGUUUUAAAAUCACACAAAUAAAUAAUGCUCGUCAGUUUAGCUUUUUUAAAUUUUAUUGCAUACGCAAAAUCUAACGAGAACCAAGUCUCCACACGCCGCAUUUUUGUGGUAAUGCCAAUAGCAAGCAAUUAUUUUUCUCUGCUCGUGCGAUUCAGCAAAUGGUCGCCGAUUACAAGAGGUUGUUCCAGUCUCGUUUUACUGUCAAAUACACCAGCGUGGAAGGGUAGACCAAAAACCCUCGACGGGGGCUCACUUAGUAGCGGCGUGAGCAGAG